CUGCUUCAUAGUUCAAGUGCAGGGCAGUGCCCAGCUGUCAAUGCUUUUGAGAGUUAAAGGAACAAGACGUUUGUAGUUAUCAACUGCUUCCUCUUUUAGAUCCAUCUGAAAAACAUGGUUGUUCCAGGGCUUCAAAACAAGGACGAGAGAGUAUACUUUCCUCCAAAGGAUCUGCAAAUGGUGGCUCAUAUUCCUGAUUUUAACUCAUAUCUUGCAAUGUACAAAAGGUCCACUGAGGAACCUGAAGAGUUCUGGAGGGAGGUUGCACAGGAGUUUUACUGGAAGAAACCCCCCACAGGCCAAAUGCUGCAGUAUAACUUUGAUAUGACCAAGGACAAGGUUUACAUCAAGUUCAUGGAAGGAGCCAAAACAAAUAUGUGCUACAACGUGCUAGACCGCAACGUGCUGGACCGGAACCUGGGCGAGAAAGUUGCAUACUACUGGGAGGGGAACUCACCUGACCAUCAGCUUACCAUCACAUACAACCAGCUUCUGAAGCAGGUGUGCAGAUGUGCCAAUUCUCUCAAGCAGCUGGGUGUGAAGAAAGGAGACAGAGUGGCAAUUUACUUGCCUAUGAUCCCCGAGCUUGUGUUCACCAUGCUGGCCUGUGCUCGAAUAGGGGCAGUGCAUUCGAUUGUGUUUGCAGGGUUUUCUUCCGAGUCUCUGGCUGAGAGGAUCGUGGACGCUCAGUGUAGCAUCCUGGUGACGGCAGACGGUGUUUACCGAGGAGAUAAGCUGAUCAACCUGAAGCAGAUUUCAGACCAUGCCUUGGAACACUGCCAAGAAAAAAGCUCCUUUACAGUCCAGAAAUGUCUUGUAGUGAAGCAUCAUGCCUUCAGGACAUCUAAUACCUGCAAUAAGCUUCAGACACCAUGGAAUGCAGAGUGUGAUGUCUGGUGGGACGAUGUUAUGAACGGUGUAUCAGAGGAGUGUGAGCCUGAGUGGCUGGAUGCUGAAGACCCACUCUUCAUCCUCUAUACCAGCGGGUCGACCGGCAAACCCAAGGGAAUACUGCACACUAUUGCUGGCUACCUGCUGUACACUUCUCUUACAUUCAAAUACGUCUUUGAUUAUCACCAUGAUGACGUGUACUGGUGCACAGCAGACAUUGGCUGGAUCACAGGCCACUCCUACAUCACAUAUGGUCCAUUAGCCAAUGGGGCGACCAGUGUGCUGUUUGAAGGCAUUCCAGUCUACCCCCACGAGGGCAGGAUUUGGGAGAUCAUAGAGAAGCACAGAGUGUCUAAGUUUUACACAGCACCCACUGCCAUCAGGCUGCUCAUGAAGUUCGGGAGCGAGCCACUGCAAAAAUAUGAUCUGUCAUGUUUGCGUGUUCUGGGGACUGUAGGAGAGCCCAUAAACCCGGAAGCCUGGCUCUGGUACCAUGACGUAGUGGGUCAGGGUAGAAGCCCCAUAGUUGACACCUUCUGGCAGACUGAGACGGGAGGUCAUGUUCUGACUCCAUUGCCUGCAGCAACACCACUGAAGCCAGGAUCUGCAACGUUACCGUUUUUCGGUGUGCAGCCCACAAUCCUGAACGAGCACGGAGAGGAGCUGGAGGGAGAGGCUGAGGGCUACCUGGUUUUCCGGAAACCUUGGCCAGGCAUCAUGCGGGGCAUCUAUCAAAAUCAAGAACGAUUCCAGAACACUUACUUCAAAAAGUUCCCAGGGUUUUAUGUGACAGGAGAUGGAUGCAGGAGGGACAAAGAUGGCUACUACUGGAUCACCGGCAGAAUAGAUGACAUGCUCAAUGUCUCAGGCCACUUGCUGAGCACAGCCGAGGUAGAGGGAGCGUUAUCAGAACACCCAGCUGUGGCUGAAGCGGCCGUGGUUAGCUGUCCUCACACCGUGAAGGGCGAAUGUCUCUACUGCUUCGUCACGCUUAAGGACAGCCAGGAAUUCAACCACAAACUCAAGGAGGAGCUCAAGAGGAAAGUGAGAGAGAAGAUUGGCCCGAUAGCCACCCCAGAUUUCAUCCAGAAUGCCCCAGGCCUCCCCAAAACCCGCUCAGGGAAGAUCAUGCGGCGUGUCCUGAGGCAGAUCGCCCGCAAUGAGAAGGACCUGGGUGACCUUUCCACUCUGGCUGACCCCAAAGUUGUGGAAGUGCUCUUCAGUCAGAGGUGUGAAGCAGCAGCAUGAGAGCUUCACACCACUUCAUGCCUUUCCAACUGGACCAGGAACAGUUUUAAUAGAAGAAAACUUUCACACUGGUCUGUAGUGGGUUAGCUGAUCCUAAAUUAGAAGCAGAUGGACAUUUCUUUCACCUUAUCUGUGAUGGAUUUUAAGUUUACUUCCAGCAUUGAUCUAAAAAUUUGCACACAAGAAGGCACUAGGAUGAUUUUGAUUGAAUCACAGUAGUUUCUGAACUAACUGUUUGUGUGUUCCUUUAUCUCAAGGAGGUAGACCCAAACAGAGAGGUCAUUGAUAGAUAUUCUUGCCUUUCCAUUGGCUCAAGAGUCUGACAAUACCCCCUUUGUUUGGGGUUGCCUACUAAAGAACAACUAUAUUUAUUUUAUGUUAUGCUGCACCCAUUUACUUUCCAAAUAAAGACAGACAUGCAUUUUGACAGGUCAACUAACCAACAGAGAAAAAUUCCCAGGAGGUGUUUUUUCUAGCAAUAAUUUUAUACUGUAUAUCUAAUUGUGUUUGCACCCUUGAUACACCUGUAGCAGGUCUUAGUCUAUAGCAUAUUCACGAGGCCUGACCGUUGCUGUUCUCGGACUAGCCAGUAUCCAAUAUGAUGCAUUUUGAUAGUCAAAUAAGCUGUGAACCUAGUUCAUGGUGACACCACAGAAUACGACUGAGGUCGUACGAGGUCGUAUGAGUAUCAACUCAUAAUAUUUUUGGGUUUAUUUCCAAGCCAUGAAAAGAUAAGCAGAAGCCUGAAACAAUGAAACUAGCCAUUUCAGUAUCGUAUAGCAUUAUAGUAUAUGCAUAUCCAGUUACAAUAUAAUAUCCGGUAAAUAUAAAAGAAACAAAAUAACAAAUUAGACAAAAUUACGAAAUAAAAAACUAUCUACUAUGAAAAAAUGUUAUUUAAAGGUUUAUUGUUUAUGAUUAAGCUUCUAAUUAAGAUAAUGAAAUGUAAACUGGUGAUUGAAUACCAUAAUGAAUGCAGAUGGGGUGGAUAGUUGCUGCACAGAUUAUGAUACUUAUAUGACUAUAAGUUUUAGAUCCAAAAUAUCGUCGCUCUCUUUGUUCUUGAAUCGGGCACAAGGUCCUAUUAUUCAUAUUUAAGGCUCUUAAUUUACUGUCUCUUACAUUAUGAAUUAUCUUCAUUGACAUAACACCUCUACACACUUUAGGCCUUCCUUACUGUUCUUGAAUCUUGAUUAAAGUAUUAAUCUGAUCACUCGCAAGACUCUAAAACAGCAGACCCAUUGAUUUAAAGCUUGUACAGUAUACUCUGAUGGUGGAAUGUAUUCUGUUUAAAUUAAUUCAUUUGAAUUGUUUUCUAACUUGCUGCUUUAAUGCGGUAAUGCACAUUGGAUUAAUGUCCUAUAUAAAUAAAUGUACUUACUUACUCAGCAA